CUUUGUUUGGAUUCAAGUAGUCUUGGUGCGGGUUUCAUCCUUGGAUAGAUUGGAAGACAUCGACUCAAUAAAGCGUGGGAUGCGAUUCAGACAUCUUAGAUAGUGGCAUCAAAAUGGAUGUCACGCUUGAGGGCCAGUUGUCCACCGCCCUCAGAGAGCGCUUGGCACCUGUGGGAAGCCUUGAAGCUCUGGAAAGGCUCUUCUUGCAGUGGGGCAUCACCACGGCCAGGAAGCUGUCAUGGACAAGCCCAGAGCGCUUUGGGAAGCUACUGGAUGCGCUUCCUGUCAGUUCGAGCCCCACUGAAGGACAAUUGUCGGACCUUCGAGCCCUGCAGUCUGAGCUGUGGGAGUCCAGACACGUGAAGCAUGAGGAGAUUCCAGAGCGGAAGCAUGGCUUCCUGCACGUCUUGGAGUCAGCGGCAGGCAUGGCCCAGGCGCAAAGCAAGACGCAGCGGGAAGUGGUAAAUGAGGAGGCUACCAGGCGAGGUUUUUCAACCAAAUGUGAGGCUGCCAAAGGGAUGAUUGGGCAAAGUGGGCGCUUGUUGCGCGAAAAGCUGCAGCAGCACUUCGAAGGCGUCAGUGCUCAUGCCUUCACCAUGAUGCUCUCCCACUUGCCCUAUGAGAGCUUGGUCUCUGCAUUCGAACAAGCCCGACAGGAGGCUUGGUAUCCUUUGCUGACUCGGGAUGUGCUGAAUACUGCACUCCUGAGGCAAGACUGGGCAAUGCGGUCCUCUUUCAUGAAUGGCUACAUUCCCCGCACCAACCUGAUUCCUCUUUAUGGUUAUGGCGGGCUUCUGCGCAGUGAUUUGGUUGCGCAGCGGGCUCUCUCCAAGGAGGAACGCUCGCACCCUCGAGUCGAAGCUCUUCACGAUCCCACGCCUCAGUCGAUACUGAGGAUGACAGCUGAAGAGGGUGCUACAUCUCUUAUGCCAUGCCUGCAUGGCUUCGAGCUAGUCUUUCAAGAGUUCACGAGAGGCAUUUUGAAAGAUGUCUUCGAUCUUGCUUCGCAGCCAAAGCAGAGGAUUUUUGCGGCAGGAGGUGCGAUCUUGGCCUGUUGCCAGCUGUGGCGGCAACCAGCGCUAGAGCCCUUGUACCGGAUCGCAGCUAGCGAGGGUGGCUACUUUGAGAGCCUCCGGAAGCUGCACAUCGGCAGAUCUCCACAAGUCUUGGCCAACAUCAUGGAAUUUGCGGCCGCCGACACGAAGACUCGCGCAGCUGCAAGGAAGAAGGCAGAUCAGCUUUGGUUGCCCAAUGCGACCGCCCGGAAGCGCAACGCGCAGCACAACUUCGGAUUCACCUCCUCGGACAUCGAUCUAUUUAUUUGCUGUGAGAAUGAAGAUGAGGGCAUUGAUCUACUUCGCAAGACAAUCCACACAAUCUGCAGCAACAUUACUCAGAAGCGCCAGGGACCGGAAGACGGUGUCAACGCAUCUGGCUACAGCAGAGAUAUUCGGCUUCUACGGUCGGCCAACGCUCUGAGCAUUUGGGGAGGGUGGCCUCAUCGAACGGUGCAGAUUAUGGUGAUUCUGUACAAGGGACCUGAUGAGGUUUUGAACUUCUUUGACUUGGAUUGUAUUAGUUUGGGCUAUGAUGGCAAGAACGUGUGGGGACUUCCGCGCACUUUACGAUCCUUGCAGACGGGCUUCAACUUUGUCGAGCCGGCGAAGCUCCGACGUUGGUCCACCGGGCCGCGGAUCAUGAAGUACAAGAAGCGGGGCUUUGGCACCGUCUUCUUUGAGAUUUGCAAGCAUUCACCUCGCUGCGAUCUUCCUGAAACCUUGGAUGAUGAGACAGCCAGACGGAUUGCUGCGCUCCAGGGCUUUACCACAGCUCAGAAUGACUUUGGCUAUGGCGAUGUGGAGCUGCCUUUUACAGCCCGAAUGGUUUGGGGAAUGCAUCUAGACAUCUACAUGGAGACGCAUGAGCAACACCGGGAAGAGAGGCGCGCGAAGGUGGAGAGCAACUCCUGCGGCCUUUGGGAACCUGCCGACAAUGACUUGGUCGCAGGAAAAUACAUCUACAUCGCUGGGAAUGACUCCGCUUCAGAGGAGUCCAUCGAGCAAUUGUUAGCGGUGAAGCUGGAGACGCACGGCCUACCGGGAGUGAGGUGGAAGAACACCGAUCUUUGGGAGAGUCGACGUGGCAACGAGUUCCUGCCACGCUGCUACAUGUGUCGCAGCCGCAUCGACCCCUCUGGGACAUUGGCCGAACGGCCACGGCUGUGCGCAUGCUGCGAAGCCAUCAGCGUCCAGAAGCGCCAGCAGGAGGCAGACCUCUCGGGCAAGAAAGCCAUCGUCACUGGAGGGCGUGUGAACAUCGGCUAUGCCACAGCCUUGCGGCUCCUGCGGCUGGGCGCAGAGGUCGCAGUGACCACGCGCUUCCCAAGGGAUUGCUUGAGGCGAUAUGGCAAAGAAGAGGAUUCCGAGCAAUGGCUCUCGCGAUUAUCAGUGUACGGGUCAGAUUUCCGCUCGGUACCAUUGGUGGCUGAACUCGGAGACAAGCUGGCCCUCGCUUUUCCGCGGCUAGACAUUCUCAUCAACAAUGCAGCACAGACAGUGCGACGUCCCGCGGCGCACUAUGCUGAGCUGGUUCGUGGCGAAGCUGAAGCACUGGAGCAACGCUUGGAAGCACGCAUCAUGCAGGCGAGUGACCUAAAGUCCUUAGAAAGCUUUGAGCCGGUCGGGAUGAUUGCGGAUGCCAGUGGUUCAGGAGCCAUGGCGAGAGCGGCGCCAGGUGCUGUGGAGGAGAUGAAGGACGACAGGGCAGCGACAAGCUGGACUGCGAAGAUUGGAGACAUUUCUUGGGUGGAAAGCCUUGAAGUGCAGGUUGUGAAUGUGACCGCACCAUUCACACUUCUCAGCAAGCUGAAGCCGUGCCUGCUGGUGAAGGAUGAGCCCUUGAAGUUGGUCCAGACGUUCACCUCACAAGGGUGGGUUGAGCACAGGGAGGAUUCGUUUCACCACAUGCAAUAUGAGACCUUUGGUGCAAGUGACCUGCUGUCCCUUACAGCUCUGACAGACGCCAAGGUGAAAAAGAACAUGCAGACGCGACGGCCUUUUCACCCACCGAUUCAAAAGGCCUUGGCGAAGCAGAUGCGCCGCGGGGAAUGUGACCUCUCAGGAAGGCUCUUUCCGGACUUUGGGCAACAAAGGUGCAAAUCAUCCGCACACGAACAUGGCCAAAGCAUCGCUGAACAUGAUGACAUGUUCGGUGGCCGACGAGUUCAGCAAAGAAGGCGUUGCAGUGGUGUCUGUGGACACUGGCUGGAUCUCGAAAAUGAAGCCAGAUCCGCUUGCAGAGACUGAGCCUCACAUACAAAGUUUGCCUCCCUUGACGGCAGAGGACGGAGCAGCACGUGUUCUGGAUCCCAUCUUAGGUCGGGCACUGUCGCCCUCGACAAAGCUCGCUUUCGAUGGGUUGAAGUGUGGCUUUGAGCCAACGGUCGCGUAACCAUCUGCCCGCUGGAGCAUUCCCCACAUGUGUAAGUUGGUAUGUGCGCCGGACAAGCUAAGAGAAUGGAGUGAUCCCCGUCACUGGAUGCCUGCUGCGGAAUUUUCGACCGGUGGAUUGGUGAUGAGUGGGGCAUGGGGCCAGCGAAGCUCUAUAGAUUUAAGAUGAUUUAAGCUCAGUUUUGAAUGCGGCAAGAGCCCGCUGUGUGCUUAGACCCUUGAGCAGCUGCUUGAGGAAAAGCUCACUUGGAUGGAGGCAUGAGAAAUUGUAC